AUGACUUCAGAGAGAUGGGCAGUCGAUCCAAAUACACUUGAUGAGGAUACGUCCACAGACGGGUGGGCAGUCGAUCCAAAUACAAUCGAUAAAGAUAAACUCGGGUUUGAAUGGACACCUCGCAUCGAAGAACUACUUCGACGAGGCCACAACACAUCCCUCCAUCCAAGCUUGAACGUGGGACACGAUCGAUAUGAGCCCCACAUGGAACUGCCUGCAGAAGAUGAUAUCAUAGGUAUCAUGAAAUGGCUUGGGUGCAACGAAGCCGUGUCUGCCGAGAUUAAGCAAGAAUACGAUGAAAUGGUAGCCAAUGACUCUCCAGAAUUGAUCCCUACCAAGUUUGGUAAGACAAGGGACUUGAUGGGCAUUCUGGUAAGACUUUUUGUGAACAAGAAAUGGGCAGAGAGUAUGAAGAUGGAUCCAGAAGAAACAUUUGAAGGACAUGUGAAUGCGCUUGGCGAAUUGGGAUUACAGCCGGAAUUUGCAGUCAUCUGUGUGGUUUACCCAGAUUGGAUACUUAGGCCCAUUGAGGAACGGGAGCGCUGGUCGAUCUAUGAUGUGGGCCAGCCAGGGGAGAUGAUGUGCGAGCUGGUGAGUGAUUGGGCCAGUACACUCAAGGGCUUAUGGAAUGACAAGGGCUACUUUGAUAAGGGCUUAAUCCCCCCGCCUUCUCCCACUGGCAUACGAUAUCAUCCCGGUAACGUGAGCCCGAAAAACGCCGAUCCCCAAAAUCACGAGUCAUAA